AUGAAGCUAAAGUCUAGUCAAAGUGCAGCCACUCCAGUGGAGAGUGAAUUGGGGAUGCACCCCAUAGUAUCACAAGUUCACGUUGAUGCUUUACCCAUUAGAUCAAUACUAUCUAAUCAAGGUAUCACCAUCAAUGUUGAUCAUGAAGUAGAUGAAGAUGAAGCCAUGAUAUUAGCCAUGGGUUACAAACAAGAGUUGAAAAGAGAGUUUUCAUUGUGGACAGUUUUCUCUGUUAGUUUCUCAAUGUUGGGUCUCUUGCCCUCAAUUGCGGCCACUUUUGAUUAUCAACAAUUGGUUAUUGGCAUGUCGCCAAUACCUUGGUUAGUGGCAAUGAUUUUCAUUACAACGGUGGCAUUAUCAAUGGCUGAAGUUGCAUCUGCUUUCCCUUGUUCUGCCGGUACACCAUAUGUUGUUUCGCAAUUGUCUCCACCAAAAUACAAGUCAUACUUAACAUGGUUUACAUGCUGGACUAAUUGGCUAUGCCAAAUUACCGCCGCUCCUUCAGUAUGUUAUUCUUGUGCCAGUUUAAUCUUGGCAUUGUAUUCAUUAACUGAUUCUAGUUAUACUCCAUCUACGGGUCAUGUAUAUGGCUUAUCUACUGGAAUUCAAGUUGUUUGUGGUUUAAUCUGUUCCAUGCCGGCAAAAUGGGCUGGUCGUGUUAGUUCGGCUGGAGCAUUUUGCAACAUUUUGUUUUUGACUAUAGUGUUUGUAAUGAUUUUGGCGGGCAACAAGAGAACGGAAUUGAAUGAAGGUGUUUCGACGAAAUUUAACCCCAAUGCCAUUGCUUGGUCAUUGUAUAAUCAAGCUGAAUGGCCACAAGGUAUCUCAUUCUUGAUUUCGUUUAUGGGUGUCAUUUGGGCAAUGUCGGGAUAUGAUUCACCUUUCCAUUUAGCAGAAGAGUGUGCUCAUGCAGCAGUCAAUGUCCCCAGAGCCAUUGUCUUGACCAGUUCAAUUGGUGGUCUUGUGGGAUUUGUGUUUAUGAUUGCCAUUGCAUACACUGUGGUUGAUCUUGAUACAAUAGCCGCUGAUCCUCAAGGGUUGGGACAACCAUUUGUUACAUAUUUAUCCCAGAUUGUGGAGGAAAAUUUAGUAUUGGCUGCCACUUCAUUCACUGUCGUCUCAUCCUUCUCAAUGGCUCAAAGUUGCUUAUUGGCUGCUUCAAGAGUAACUUAUGCAUAUUCAAGAGAUGGAUUGUUUCCUGGCUCAAAUAUUUGGAAACGUGUUUCGCCAUUGACUCAGACACCCAUUUGGGCAGUUGUAAUCAAUGUUACUCUUGGCCAGUUGUUACUUUUGUUACUAUUUGCUGGCGAUGUAGCAAUUGGAGCAACAUUCUCCGUUGGUGGUAUAUCAGGAUUCAUUUCAUUCACAAUGCCCACUUUACUCAAGAUUACAUGGGCUAGAAAUACGUUUCAGCCCGGACCUUGGAACUUGGGUAAGUUUUCUGAACCUAUUGGUUGGUUAUCAGUUGGUUUCAUUGCGUUGAUGAUCCCUAUCUUGUGUUUCCCAACUGUCAGAGGCAAAGAUUUAACACCAACAGAAAUGAAUUGGACGGUAUUGGUUUACUUUGGAUCUAUCUUUAUUGUCACCAUUUGGUUUAUUGUUGACGCUCAUAAAUGGUAUAAAGGUCCCAGAAGUAACAUCGAUGAAGCUGACAUUGUUUACGAUGAUGAUGAUGCUGGUGCUGGUGGUAGUGGCGGUAGUGGAAGUGAAGGGUAUGAUAAGGUGCAAGUUAUUGAUGCGUCGGAAUCGAAUUCGCGGAGUAAUGAGAAAUGUUAG